GGAGGGCCAGGUCAUGCGCAGGCUGCAGCACUGCCGGGUGGUGAAGCUGCUGGGCGUCAUCAUAGAGGACGGGAACUACGCGCUGGUGAUGGAGUUCAUGGAGAAGGGCAACCUGAUGCACGUGCUGCAGGCCGAGAUCCCCUGUGUCUUGAAACAUGUUGUCUCGUCUUUCUAAGAUCCACAGUUCAGAAAUAGACCUGAGUUCAGAAACUCAUGGUCCGAUAUGUGCGAGGGAUGAGGAAUUUGGGUUAAGAGAUGAAAGCACCUACCCUGCCAAUGGUUGUGACAUGCUGACUGGGGAAAGCGUGCACUGUACGUGAUGUGACUGUAGGGAGGCGAGUAUGAGCAACAAUUGCAUUUCAGUAUCAUUGAAGAAACUUACCAGAGGUUGAGUGUAGAAAAUAAGCAACAAGAACAGAUGAGAUAUACAAACAGGAAAGUAAAACUUAUUUAUGAAAACCAAAUAAUCUUAAAGUCAUUUAAAAAUUUCCUGUAGCUGUUACCAUGCAGUCUUUGCUAGUUGCUAAGGAGACCAGAGCCAGGGUGACACAAGCUAGUAAAGGGAGGCCGGUGAGCCAGUGAGCACCACGUGAUGAGAUGGGAUUUGAUAACAUGCCACAGUCUGACGUGGAACACAGGGGAGGUGCCCAUCCCAGUUUAACCAAUGGGAAAGGCAUCAGUCUGAAGGGCGAGUAGGAACUUGAAAGUGUUCUGGGCCUAGAGAAUGGCACUUGCAAAGGAAUAAGAGGGUGCCUGUUUGCCCAACUGCCAACCACUGGCUUUGGCCGUAGCACAGAUUGCCUGUGAGGCACUGCGGGAUUUGGCUGCCAUUUUGGCCCGUGUUUCUCCUGUCUGUCUGCUCCCCUCCUGUCCUCGCCCCGCCCCUCAUCCCCAAGUGCUAAGCCAGUAGGUCUCUUAGAACAUGAACGCCCACGGAAAGACAGAAGAUGAUCAUUGCACACACUGCCUUGUCAUUUGAUCAGACUGCUCUCCUUCCUCAAGCCAGGUCAAUAUCCCACUUUCUGUAAAAGGAAGGAUAAUUGUAGAGACCAUUGAAGGGAUGUGCUACUUACAUGGUGAAGGUGUGAUACACAAAGAUCUGAAGCCUGAAAAUAUCCUUGUGGACAAUGACUUUCACAUUAAGAUAGCUGAUCUCGGCGUGGCUUCCUUCAAGACGUGGAGCAAACUGACCAAUGAGGAGCACAACGAAGAGAGGAAGACGAGUGGCGUCUCCAAGAGCAAGGGCGGCACCCUGCACUACAUGGCCCCUGAGCACCUGAGCAACAUCAACACAAAGCCAACAGAGAAGUCGGACGUUUACAGCUUCGGCAUAGUGCUCUGGGCAAUAUUUGCAAAGAAGGAGCCCUAUGAGAAUGCCAUCUGUGCAAAGCAGCUCUUGCUCUGUAUAACAUUGGGAAACAGGCCCAACAUGGAAGACAUCAUUGAGUACUGCCCCCAGGAAAUCAUCCACCUCAUGGAGCAGUGCUGGCAGGCGAACCCAGAAGACAGGCCGACAUUUCCUGGCAUUGAAGAAAAGUUUAGGCCUUUUUAUGUAAGGCACCUUGAAGAAAAUAUAGAGGAGGAUGUUGAGCAUUUAAAGAGAGAGUAUCCAGAUCAAAAUACUGUUUUGAAGAGAAUGCAGUCUCUCCAACAAGAUUGUGUGGCAUUACCACCAAGCAGGUCAAAUUCAGAACAGCCUGGUUCACUGCACAGUUCCCAGGGAUUUCUGAUGGGGCCCGUGGAGGAGUCAUGGUUUUCCUUCUCCCCGGACACCCCAGCAGACGGUGAUGAGAUCAGUGUGCAGGAUAAACUCCAAGAGGAAGCCAGCUACCAUGCAUUUGGCAGGUUCACUGUGAAGCAGACGAAGCAGCAGCCCAGACAGAACGUGGUUUGUAGCAGAGAAGAAGAGAGGAGACGAAGGGUCUCCCAUGACCCCUUUGCACAGCACAGACCUGAGAAUGUCCAAAGCACAGUGAAAGGCCUUGCCAGUCCCGGUACAACCAGCAAUGGGAACACAGUACCCCAGGUGAUGGGGCUGACCAGCCACACACAGAUGUCUUAUUGGAACGAUGGCUUGUUUAACUCACAUGGGUUUGGAACAAGUCCACUGGAUCCAGGAGCAGCAAGUGGAGGCAUUUGGUGUGGCCCAAACCCAAGCCAUAUUCAGAGUUUAUAUAAAACUCCAGUGCCCGAGACCAACCUACUGGGAAGCGCACCCACCAUUCCAUUCAGCUCCUUGUCACCACCAGAUGCUCCUAUAGCAUGUGCCUUAUACAACAGCACUGGCAUUCAGAUCGGGAGCUACAAUUACAUGGAUGUGGGUAGAAUGAAUUCACAGCUGUUGGGCAACACAUGCAUGGACGUGAAAGAAGAGCCAGCUUCCAGCGAGCACCCCAUCUUUGAUAAUAGUACUCCUCUGACUGAUAAACACCUGAACCACAUCAGGGAGAACCUGGGAAAGCAGUGGAAAAACUGUGCCCGGAAGCUGGCCUUCUCUGAGUCCCAGAUCGACGAAAUUGACCAUGACUAUGAGCGGGAUGGGCUGAAGGAAAAGGUUUACCAGAUGCUCCAGAAGUGGCUGAUGAGGGAAGGCUCUAGAGGGGCCACAGUGGGGAAGCUGGCCUGGGCACUUCACCAGUGCCACAGAAAAGACCUGCUGAGCCACUUGAAACGUGCUAGCCAGAGCUGAGCCUGGGGCCCUGGCUGCGCAAGCAGAGUGCUUGCUUGGUAAGGAGCCCCCCACCCUUCCAUCUUGGGGCAGGAGAAUGGGAACACGAGUCCGCAGCCACCACCUGCUUUCAGGAAAGCCCAUGCUUGAAGACUUCUAAGUGGCCCACGGUCCAUGCAAACAGGAAGCAGCAGCUUACUGGGAGAGGAGACGCAUCCCAGAAGAGUGGUCUUUCAGCUCGUGCCAUGAUUCAGUGAUGUGCUUCAUUCCAUGUCCUGUGGUUCUGAAGAAAACUUCCAGGGAAUGUAAAAUAACCUCCGUUCUGUUCUGUGCUCUUGGAGUACAGAAUACAUCUAAGCUCUGCUCAGAUCCAUGUCCCGUAUGGCAGCCACGCUUCUUCCCAGAAAUCAAGGAUCGGGUAGCUUUAGUGUCAAAUGCUACAUUAGGCACUACAGGCUUUAAGAAUUACGUGCAAUUCAGUCUAUAGUAUUCAGUUAUAAUUUGAUGGGACUUUAAAAAGGAGGAAAAAACAUGGAACAACAGGAGAUAUCAGAUUCUCCUGGCAGUUAGGGGUGGGGGAGAAGAGAAUUGUGACUGCUAUGAAAUUCUAGGUUAAGAUUUGGGGUUCUUUUCCUAGCAUUCUGGUGCUUACCACACCUUCCCAGCCUGUGCGUCCUGCGGAGGGAACCAGGUGUGCAGGAAGUGGUCAUCAGGAAAUGGCCUUGUAACUCUGGGUGUGACCAGAGCCUCAGCGUUGCUCACUGUUGAGCUGUUGGCCCAGUUCAUCCCAGUGCACUGCAGGAAUGCUUUCAUUGUGUUCUGUGUGACACGCAGCAAGGACCGCUCCAGAGCCUGGUCGUUGUGUCUCUAGCACAGGAGCAAGGCAAAGGCAGAGACUGAGGACCCUUGCCAGCCAGCAUCACUGCUGGUACUCGACUGAGAGGGUGUGCCAUGGUGCUCAGCUCUGCCAGGAUGAGGAAGGGAAAAAUCUAGUUAUGGGGAGGCUAGCUGUCAAGACUGGGGUGUCAGUCUUCUGUGGGUUGAUAACAGCACUGUAGGGUCGAUAGGAAUCCCCUUGGCCCCAGCAGCCAACUUCCCCAGGGAGGCUGUAAAGCAGCUCCUGUUGCAUCCUGAGUCCCAGACCGCUCUCCACGGCCACGUUUGUGCCUCACGACUCGGAAGCAUCCGUGGUCUCCACACAGGAUGCCCACAGCUCAGGUUUCCUGUCCCCUACCCUAGGUAUGGCAAAACUGUCUCUAGACAUGGCCAUGUGUUCUUGGAAGGGCACUGUUGUAAUAUAAGACUCAGACUAGUCACAGCAGCCCCGUUCACACCUUAGCUGCCAGGCAGCAUUAGACCAGAAAGAAACGUGGAGCAGGGAAGGGUCUUAAAUGUGUUCCUUGCACUCCCAUUCCAAUGGUGUUCUAACAAGACAAAAUUGGAAAGUAUUUUUAAUGUCUUUUUUAAAAUAAAGUUUUAUACCUAAAUACA